ACCCUGAUGAGGCAGUUGCCUAUGGUGCUGCUGUUCAGGCUACUAUCUUGAGUGGCGGAGGCAAUGAGGCGGUGCAAAGCAUGCUGCUUCUGGAUGUUUCCCCCCUGUCCCUCGGGUUGGAAAUUGCUGGUGGUGUUAUGGAUGUUUUGAUAGGAAGGAACACCACGAUUCCCACAAAAAAGGAGGGUCUGUUCUCCACCUACGCAGACAAUCAGACUGCUGUCUUGAUCAAGAUUUAUGAGGGAGAGAGAACAAGGACUAGGGAAAACAACUUACUGGGCACAUUUGAGCUCUCUGGCAUUGCUCCAGCACCCAAAGGUGUUCCUCGGAUAAAAAUAAUCUCUGACAUUGAUGCAAAUGGUAUCUUGAAUGUAUCAGCUGAGGAUGAGACCAGUGGUCAGAAGAACAGGAUCACAAUCACCAAUGACAGGGGCAGGUGGUCCAAAAAAGAAAUUCAGAAGAUGGUCCACGAUGCCGAAAGGUACAAGUCUGAAGAUGAAAAGCACAAGAAGUGGGCCGAGGCAAAGAAUGAACUGCAGAUUUUUGUCCACAACACGAGAAUAACAAUUGGGGAUGAGAAGAGAAGUUCAAAGCUGGCCACAGGUGACAAGAACAAGAUUGAAGGUGCCAUUGACCAGGCCAUGAAGUGGCUGGAUAGCAACCAACUUGCAAGGAAAGAGGAUUUCGAUGGCAAAUUGGGGGAGCUUGAGAGCAUCUGCAAUCCAAUCAUUGCGAAGAUUUAUAAGAGCGGCGGUGCUUGUAUGGGUACGUUAAUGGAAGAUGAAGUUUCUCCAUCUGAUGGUUAUGGCAUAUACGAAGAUGAAGAAUCAUCGUGUUGCGAGCCAAAACGCACAGUAGCGGGAACAUAAAUUUAAACUAAAGGUUCAGUAAUGAAACGCCAUCGUUCAUUAUUUUCAAUUAUACGCAUCAUUUGAAUAAAUAGGGAUAAUACUGUCAGCAUCAGCCUUGUCUUCAAUUCUGUUAUUGUUACUGUUACAAGAAGUCUCAUGUGACUCUUAUAACAGAUUCUAAAAUUCACACUCCUAUAAUUAUGGCACUAAAUGUAACAAGAAAGGUGUGAAAAAUAUACAAUGCAAUUAUCAUGUUUC